AUGAUAACUUUACCAAAUGAUGAUACUUAUCAUGUUAAUAAUAUUUUAAAUAUAAUUACAAAUAAGGAAAAUAAUAUUGAAAAGAAUGAUGAAAUUUAUUAUUAUAUUACUUUAAUUAUUUUGAAAGGAAAAUCUCAAAAUAGAAUUAAACAAUUAAUUGAAAAAUCUCUAAUUCCACUUGAUAAUGUUGGAACUUUGAAUGGAAUUUUAAUGACAUGUCAUAGAAGACAAUUUAUUACUGCAUUGUGGUGUUUUUAUAAUUUGAGAAAUAGAGAAACAAGAAGAGAUUUAUUAACAUUAUACUUGUUAACUCAUAAUUGUAGAGAUUUUUCAGAUUAUUUUGAAACUAGUUUAUUAUUUCAACAAUUAAUGAGUGAUGAAUCAUUAUUUGAAAAUCAAGAUUCAUUACAAUAUGAAGAUAUCUUUUCAAUUGAAGAUUUAAUGAACAAGUAUUUGGAAUUGACAAUUUUACAUGCAACUGAUAAGGUUAUUGAAGUUACUGAUAUCAUGCUCUCACAAGGAAUUCCAAUUUCAUCCAAUAAUAGAUAUACUGUUAUUCAUCAAGCACGUAUUUUAUCAAGACAAGAUAUUGAACUCAAACUUGGAAUAUUAGAAAUUAAAUAA